GUUUGAACCUUCCUUCCGGACGGAUUGGUUGCUGUCGGUUGGCAACGGCGUACGGUUACCGGCGUGUAGUGUUGUGGCGGUUUUUAGUUUGGUGCACCGUUUGAAGCGUGUAUACUUAUUAUUGUUAUUUCGGGGUUGGUGUUGUUUGAGCUGUCCGAGCAUUCAAGUGUGGAAAGUAUCAAUAAGAAAAAACUACACGCAAAGUUUUUGUUAUGACCACGGUGGUUUUGAACUUGACUUGAGCUAGCAGCCUUAGAACCAGCUGAGUCAGUUGCUUGUUGUUGAGGGGUGUCAAGUUCACGAAACAGUUGGAAGUUGGUGGAUUUGUUGGUAGAAUGGCUGAGUCAGGUGCUGAUUUUGCGUAUUCUGAAGUGGAAUUGAAGUGAAAGACUUGUGCAAGUUGAUCGAUGCUUCAGAUUAAACGGUUUGAAGGCGAGUGGCGACGUUUCAAUCACUUCGCUCGUAUGGUGCAUAGAUAACAAUUUUGAUCGAGUGCAGCAAUGGUAUCGUUACCAAAGCAGUUUACCAAUCGAUAAUUGUAUGCAAAUGUUUUUUGGCUGAUUAAUGUUGAUUGGGUGUGAUUAUGGGGGCAGUUAAAGUUUAAAAUUGCCUCCCCUAGCCGAAAGACACGUGAAUUCAAGGUAGUAGGAGUGAUGUUAUGUGAUCAUCCGAUGAGUGAAUUGUCUCUUGCUGAAGAAAUGCCAAUAAUGCUAAAUUGUUGAACAGCGAAAAAUAAUGUGCGGAUACCUUGAGAAAAUUGUAGCAACACACGUAUGAAAGGCGGUUGUUUGCAUCGAGCAACAACGAAGGCAAAAAGAAAGAGAAGAAAUAAUUAUCUUGAAUGAAAAUUUCAGAUGAAAUCGAUCCAUUUGCGUGUGAUGUGUGAGUGCGUUGCUGAUAAUUAACCGUAAGUUUGGAUGGUUCAAAAAUUGAUCGAAACCUGCUGACGAAGCUGUGUGGUGGUGGUUUCGGCGGCCUUUCGGAUGCCAGUUGCAGCACCACAAUUUCUUUCUCUCCUCCUCACCUUGGUGCCAAAUUGAAGACAGUGAAAAAUAGGAAGAAGAAAUUGCGACAGGAAAAAGAAGCAGAACGAAUACCAACAAAAGUGAGCUUUUUUCUUUGAAUAUUCAAACUCCCACCAAGUGAUGAACGAUAAGAUUUGCCUUCAUUCAGCCCGAUUAUGAAUACGAAUGAAUAUAUUUCGUCCGGUUGCAAAUUUUGAAGUGAAAUCGAUUGAUGAUUCGUGUUUUUUUUUUGGUGUUUGGUUGUGCCGGUUUUCUCCACAACGGUGAACAUCGAGCAAAAGUCAAAAAACCAAAGUGAGAGUAAACAUUGGUAACCGAUACGUCGAGACGAAGAAGGAUCUGCAGGAAAAAACGAACUUUCAAGGAAGCCCUACUGACGAGGACAGCGCCGCACUCGUUCGUUGGCGGUCUGGCGAUUGUAGAGUACGCGAAUUCUAGGCGAACGACGCAAACGAGGUGGAAAAAUUCCCUCUUCACGCUGCCAAGACUCAACCAAAGCAUGAAUUGCUGUACGCGAGUCGGAGUUGGCUUUCGAUCGGCCUGUGCUGGUUUGAUGGUCCAUUUGAGGGCCUAGGCAAAUGGACCGUAGCAGCCGAGCUUCCCAGAGCAGCAGCAGCAGCAGCAGUAGCAGCAGUAGCAGCAACAGUUAAAGUUACGAGCAUGAAUAUGCUCUGCAAAACAUGCAUAAAUUGUUUAUUCAACUCAUCGACAACACCUAUCGCCGGCAGUCGUCAGUUCGUUUGUCUUCACAUUAGCAAGUGUGCUAAGGAUUUCUGAGUGAACCAACGAUACGCGCGCGUUCAACUAAUAUGCGGUGGUUCAAGCGAUCCACCGAUUCUCCGAAACUGCUCAGUUUAUCGCCACUGCGUCAUUCUGAGCUGGGAAAUGCCUACAGUGGUGGUGGAAGCGGUCCUAGUGGAGCAGGAUCGGUACCAGAAGAACUCCACGAAGAAUCAAGCGCUGAUGGUGACACCACUGAGCAACCAUCAGUACCAUCCUCCGACGGCGACCCACCGAUGGCACUACCAGGACCGUUGAUGGAUCUGUACGCGUCUUCAGCGUGUUCCAGCUCGUCCGGGUCGACAUCAUACACGGCCAGUUGCAGUUCCCCGUCCGCUACUUCGUCACCAUCUACCUCGACCACCUUCUCCUAUACCAGCGAUAGCAGUAGUCUAGGUAAUGGCAUGAGAACACAACAGCAGCAGCAACAACAUCAAGCAAGGCUGGCAACAUCUUCUAGUGGAGAAGGUGGGGGAUGUGUUGCGAAUAAUGUUAACGGAUCUGCACCCCGAAAAUCGCGAAUAGAUUUAUCGCCCGUGAACUGGACCAAGAAGUCAUCCAUCAACUGCUACAACAUCGAGGAGGGUCGUGUUAUCGAGAGGCCCAAAGGUCGCUACAUUUCGCCAAUUCGAAUAAAAAACAAGCAACAAGCGCUUGCGCAAGGAAUCGUCGGAUCGGGAGGCGCAAACACCCCUGUUAGUCGACGAAUACUGCAACGAGACAAGGGAUCGGUGGAUGGUGGAGGUUUGACGGUGGAUGGUAGUUUAGCUAAAAGCUUAAGCAAAUCGAUUGGUAAUAUUAGUGCUUCGAUCGGAGAUAAAAGUCCUUCACUAAGCCAUCGAUCGAUCGUCUAUCGUGAAAAGGAGAAAAAGAAUCCAUUGGGCAGUACUCGACUGUCGUGCUACCAAACUAUUAGCUUUGAGUCAAGUGAAAACGUAGCUAAAAGUCAAUUGUACAAAUCGGUUGACGAUUUAAUCUUUCUCAAUGGAUCCAAUGCGGCGGAAGAUUGUGAAACGGUCCUUUCCUGCGAUAGUGCAGUGAACAAAGAGCGAACUCUGUUCUGCGGCGCCACUCCCAACCAGCUAAACCAAAGUCUUAUCAAUAGUAGCGUUAGUAGUAAAAGUUACAACAACCGAGCAGCAUCCACCACAGAGCAGCAGCACUUAUCAGCAGUUGUCGGAAUAGUAGCUGAUGAACCAAAGAACGAACUAUCGAACAUGGCCGGUAUUGGAGGCGACCACGACGAAACUUACGGAUUCUCUCAAAUGAAAGAAACCUCAUUCGAAACCAUGUAUCGGCUCAAAUUGAAUGCACUGAAACAUGAGGAACAGAAAACACCUUCGAAAAAGAAGGACAAUUUUACCAACAAAAUCAAAGCUAUGUCCGAUCGAACGCAAAAACUGUUUUCAAAAAUCUACUCAAACUCAUCCUACAAAACCAACAGCACAGGUGAAAGCAACUUCCACUCAGGCCAUUCGAAAUCCCUCAAAAAGUCUCCAUCAAAAGUGUCCAACAAUCGGCGGAGCGUAAGCUACGGCGCCCUUCCUGGACUGGCAGAUUUCCAAAAGAACAUGGACAAAUCUCCACAAGAUCCCAAACUAACAGACCAACAACAGGACGACGAACUGAAUGGCACUGUCAUUCACUUGGCCCCUCCCAACAAUCGACACGAUGCGGAAGAUUGCGAUUCAGGAAUUCUGGUCAACGAAUCCGGAGCAUCGUCCAUACUUGAGACGGAAGACGUAUUCCUACCAAGCAUUCCGUCCAAGGUGAUGAACAACUGCACGGAUAACACCGAAUUCAAAUUAGUAACGAUCAAACUGGACGAGAGCAGCGAAGAAGCCGAGAACCUGGGUAUCAUCGUGAGUCCGAUGAACAACGGCGAAGGCGAUAUCAGCAAUCGAUACAAGGUAGCUCACGUGCUGCCGGGAGGCUUAGUAUACACCGAAGGCACCAUUCAACCAAACGACGAAAUCGUCAACAUCCUUGGCAAACGAUUGCGCGGUCUUUCGAUGCGACAGGUUCAGGAUCUGCUGAACGGAUGCACUCGAAGAGGCAGCGGACGCACCAGUAUCGAUCUUGUCAUUUGUAGGAGCAAAGUAAAUGAUAGUGAUCUGGACCUACAGCAGCAGCAACAGCCGGUGAAUCGACGGUUGUUCCGAAACAAUCGAAUGAUUUCACUGGAUUCCUACUUGGAUCAGGAGGAGAAGCCGCACCAGCCGCUACACAGUCACAGCGAGGACCAACAGCACAGCGAUGCGAGCUCCGAUCACGACAACUACGCUUCGAUUGCUAUCAAAAUCGACGGAAAUAAGUACAACACCCUUGGAACGCCUCGUCGCCAGAAGAGUCUUUCGAUGGCAGCAGCCAACAAACGUCCUCAGUCACCGUCUCCUCCCUGCGACAUGCCCAGCAUCGAAGUGGACUCCCAGCCACCCUCACUGGACUGCGUGAAGCGCAGGUCCUUCACAAAAAAUGCAGCCAACAAUUCGGGCGCCACAAACUCCACCAAACUCAUCAGGAGAUCCCUGGUUGGGAAACAGUCGCCGAUAUUCAACGGGGACCAUGUCACGAAGAGCACCAUGAACCUCUGUGACGACGAGAAGAUGGAACUCAGCGGAGCCUCCGACGAUGCCGAAACAAGCAGUGGAACAGGUUCCCUAGAUAUGGACAAAAGCAUGACCAAUUUCUGCACACUCCCGCGAAGGCCAAAGAGUUCGCUGUGCACUUUCCAUACGGUGACCUUCGAAAAAGGACCCGGCAAGAAAUCACUUGGAUUCACGAUCGUCGGAGGACGGGAUAGUCCGAGGGGGGCAUUGGGCAUUUUCAUCAAAAGCAUUCUUCCUUCAGGCCAAGCUGCCGAAGAUGGACGACUCAAAGCAGGCGACGAAGUGCUAGCAGUCAACGGACAAGUCUGCCAUGAUUUGACCCACCUGGAAGCGGUCAAAAUGUUCAAGAGCAUCAAGACGGGGGAGAUUGUGCUUCAGCUGUGCCGAAGGAGUAAAGUGCAUCGCGGAGAGCAAUCUGCAGCGCAAUGCUGAAGUAAUUUAGAAGUGACAUUUUAUAAUAAAUCUUUGUUUUAAAAGGCUGUGUAGGAAUUUGUAAGGGGUAAACAUAUAAUUGUGCAAUUUAUUUCAAAACGGAACAUAAUAUCAACAAAAUUUAGAUAAAACUACUUAUUGAAGAGACUUAUUAGAUUAGAUGACUUCGGGAAUGGUCAAUCCGAAUAAGUUGUAGCAAAGAGUCAGACAGAAAUAACUUUAUCAGAAAAUAUACCUACCGAAAAAAUUGAAUGUAAUUUAUGUACCGCCAAGAAUCCUAAAAUAUAUUAUACCGUAAUGAGA